UUGAUUUUUCGUUUUUUAGAUUUUAUCUGUAAACUGUUGUUUUAUUUUCAUAAGUGUUCAGUUCAAUAUGGUAUCGACACCACCGCCCACUGUUACACGUUCUAUUUCUAUGAGAAGCAAACGAAAACUUAACGGCUUACGUGAAAAAGUUUUGCGGGAGUUGAAUGAAUGCGAGGGUAAUGCAAGUCAGCCAAAUGCAAAGGAUUCUGCGAACAACCUCCGCGCAAGUGCAAUACUGUUAUCAGACUACGACGAGUCUAUAAUACAUGAAGACAGUUACCCAGAGAUUCUACUAAGCGGUCGGUCGACGAAAAUCGCGGCUGCUCUGCUGGAUUCGAAUCCACAAAUAACUUCGACUAUAUUUACGACUUACAAUUCACCGGCAAAAGAAAGUCGUCUAACAAGAAAUGAAGCUUCAGCGUUCAAGCGAAGUCGGCCUGCUUCAAUGUGUAGAAGAGUGCCACAAGUUUCCAACAAUCGUCCCUGCAGCAACACCAAGCGGAACCAUUUUGUUCCUAGGAAUUGUCACUCGGGGUCCACAGCGAGUUUGUUUACUCGCAGCGAAGAAACGGAAUACCAAACGCGCCCUGCAGAAAUAACGAGAAGCAAUUCAAAGUUCGCUGCCUUUUCAAAGAAACUGAAACAAAAAUUGGCAUCUUCUAAAUUCGUAAAACGAAACCGACGAUCUUUGAUUGAUGAAAACGAAAUAAACGAUGCGAAAAAGCGAAAAGGGAGAUCAACUGAACACCUUGAAAAUAAACCUUCCGACCAAGCGUUGAAAUCUCUUCCAAAACUAUCGGAUGUUCUUCGAGAACCAGAACUGGGCAUGAUUUUUCGGUCAUUUCUCAAGAGCGAGUUCAGCGAAGAAAACUAUGAUUUUUGGGUCGAAGUCGAAAAUUACAAACGUUCCUUGUCCGCCAAGGUGGCCGACAAUAUUUAUUCAAGUUUCAUUGCACCGAACUCGCUACGAGAAGUGAACAUUAGCGCUCAUGCAAGAAACGAGACAAUCCGUAACUUGGCGACACCUGACGGAACAAUAUUUAACCUCGCACAAGAUGAAAUCUACCGCUUGAUGGAAAAAGACUCCUUUUCGCGCUUUAUGGCGACUGUUGUGUAACUUGGUGAUAAUUCAUACUAACGUGUAUGCGGUUAUAUGACCGCGAUAUCUUACAUAACGUAUUUGCAUAUUGUUCGUUGUUUAUUUUGUGUUGUCAGGAGUUUCAUUUUACGCGCAAAAAAUACAUUUAUGUGUGAAUUAAAAGACUGCACCUUUUUUA